AUGAGAGCCGGCAUUAUUAUCGUGGAAGCUAUAUUUGUCUCCUGGAGGAACCUUCGACAAACUGUUCACAACGCAACACUGAAAACAUUGUCCACUACCCGAACUAUCUUCCAACUCGCCUCCCAGCCAACUUGGUUUGAGAACAUCGCUCUCAGACCCAGCGGAACUAUCUUGGCAACUCGCCUUGACGUCCCCGAGGUCUGGGAGAUUGAUCCCGAGAAAUCAUCCGGUUCUAAGAUACUACGCAUCGCCCUUCCAGAUAGCAUCCCUCACCAGGCGCUCACGGGCAUCUGUUGUCUCAAACCUGAUGUCUUCGCAGUGGCUGCGGGCUCAUUUGACAUUAUCGGAGGUGCCAAGCCCAAGCCUGGAUCAUGGAGUAUUUGGCUCGCAGAUCUUGCUGGUGAACAGCCAAAGGUGACGAAGAUAGCUGAUAUGCCUGAAAUUGGCAUGAUCAACGGUAUAGCUACGUGGGAUGGAAACACCGCCCUGGUUACAGAUUGCCUCUACGGCAAAGUAUACAAGCUCAGUAUUGCGACAGGAUCAUACAACGUUGCCCUGGAAGACGACACCUUUGCAAUCCCAGCCGAUGCUCCUUUCCAAGUUGGCCUUAAUGGUAUCAAAGUCCAUCGCUUCGGAGAGCAAACUUACGUCUAUUAUACGACGACAAGCCGUUUCUGUGUAUAUCGUGUACCCGUUACGCAAGAAGUCCAGGCUGCAGGCUCCGUGGAAAUACUUGCGCCAGGACUUGUCGCGGAUGAUUUCGCCGUAGCUCACGAUGGUACCAUGUACGUGUGCACCAACAUUUCCAACACGGUGGUUCGAAUUCCCGCUACUGGCGGAGAGGCUACGGUAGUGGCGGGCGAAGCAAAGGCGUUGGACGUUGCGGGCUCAACAGCAUGUGUGUUUGGUCAAGAUGAGAGAGUUCUGUACGUUACGACUUGUGGAGCAAAUGCAGUGCCUGUGGACGGGAAGACGGAGCCAGCAAAGAUUGUUGAAGUGAAGCUUAUCUAG